GCAAAUGCCAUUACUUCACUUUCAAGACCAAUCAACUUUCUCUCCAGAUUGUAGUUGGAGUGACCAACUUUAUCUUCUUCAAGCAUUAAACUACUCUCUCUUAUGAAUGAAGAUAAUAGAAAUUCAUGGAAGCAUAACAGACAUGGGAAAUUGUGUUUCAGCUCAAAAAAGCAAAGAACCUGCCAUGAAGCUUAAAGGCUCUGUCAAUUCUGAAGACAACUGUGUCCGAAUUGAAUCACCCAUUAAGGAAGACAAAGUUAUUGGUGAUCUCUCCAUGAAAGGACUCAAUUCCAAGCUUCAACCCUCAUCUCAAAAAGCCAGUUUUGGAGACUUGAGUAACAAUAGGGACGAAAUGUUUUUCGAUUCUCAGCCCUGGUUAGAAUCUGACAUUGAAGAUUUCAUCAGUGUCAAUGGUGAUCUCACUCCAGUGGGUAGCACUUCUCCACUUCACCAAAACAGCUUCACAAAAAAUCCUGAAAAUUACGACGAAUCUCUUUACCUUAGCAGCACUGUAAGAACAAUUCCUGAACCAUCUCCAACUGAUAUGAAGAAGCAACUGAUUGAGUUCUUCCGCGAGAGCUUCAAUGCUGAUGUUGAUAACAGCGAAAAUUUACAAGACAUGACAGAGGCCAAGCCUGUGCCCUUUUAUCUUCCUUCUAAAUGCAGAAAUAGAAGUUCUUAUGAAUCAGUAAACGGCUCCACUUGUUGUAAUGGAACAACUCCAGAUAGAUGUUGCAUCCGCACAAAAGGGAAACCAGCACAUUCUGCUCAGGGUUGCCUUCCAAAUUUGUUGCGAAGCCUCAGCUUUAGGGAAAAGAAGAAGAAGCUGAGCCCUGCAUAGAGUGGUGGGUCGGUGACUUUCUUUGUAACUAUUUGUUGUACAAAGCUCCAUAUCACCAUAGCUACAAGGAGCAGAAAUCUCAAAUUUACUAGCUUUUUUUUUUCCUUUAUCUAUUAGAGUGAUUCAUGAAGUGAGUGUUUAUGCAUAGAUAUGUUUGGAAGAUCUUUGAGGAGCUCCCGGUAUAUGAGAAAUGACCGAGGCUUCCUUUUCUUGACUGCUAAAACUUUUGUGUUUAGAUUUUUCUGACUGGAAAAUUCUUUAAAUGUCUCUUUUGUGUGUA